AUGGUGGAGAGGUUACACCGACAGCUGAAGGCCGCCAUCAUGUGCCACGCAAACCCACAAUGGACAGAGGUACUGCCGUUUGUCAUGUUGGGUAUCCGCAGUGCCUGCAAAGAGGACCUGAAGUCAUCAGCUACUGAACUCGUCUAUGGAGAGCCUCUGAGGUUACCAGGCGAGUUCCUACAUCCAACAAUGUGUACGACGAUAGAUCCGACAGACUUUGUAGCUCGCCUCCAUAGACACAUUGCCAACUUAUCGCCAACGCCAGGAACAUGUCACAACAGGAAAACAUUUUAUGUACAAAAUGACAUCUUCACAUCCGAAUACGUAUUCCUACGGAGAGGUCCAGCAAAACGAGCUCUUAAAUCGCCGUAUACGGGACCCUACAAAGUACUGAAAAGAGAUCUCAAAACCUUCACACUCGACAUACUAGGUAAAGAAACAACAGUGACCAUUGAUAGACUGAAGGCAGCGUACAUGGCGAAAGAAGAUAAGGAGAUGCCUACAUCUACAUGUCCAACAACGCAACUCCCAUCUUCCUCUGACGAGCCGCAGCCAAAAACUACACGAAGUGGUAGGAUAGUCCGUUUUCCAAAUUACUAUCGCCCGUGA